AUGGAGGUGGCAGAUUAUGAUAAAUUGUGGUCAGGUAUUCCAUUAGACAUACUCGGAUUAAUAUCAUUACGUCUUGUUGCUGCUGAUUACUUUGUUUUUCGUGCCAUUUGUAAACAUUGGCGCUAUGCACCCCUAACGUCUCCUCCGUGUCCACAAUCAUAUACACCAUCGCCUUGUUUGAUGACGCUGCAAAAAGAAACAGGCAUGAUAGAAUUUUUUGAUCCAGUGUACAAUGUCGUAACUACUCAGAAAGCCGAUAUUCCAAAAUUUAGGGGUGCCCGAAUUCGUAGCUCAAAAGCUAAUUGGUUGCUCAUGAGUCAUGGCACCCGCGGCAUGUUCUUUUUCAAUACUAUUAGCAAUGACAUAAUUGAACUCCCUGAUCAACUAGAUGAGAAUGAAAAUAGUUGCUCUGCUUGGACAUUUUCGUGUCCUCCGGACUCAUCAUCAUCAGAUUGUUUUGUUGUUGGUUUUGAAACCGGUGGCUAUGUCCCAGAUGUAUACAUUAUCAAAGUUGGAGAUAUUGAAUGGACAUAUCACUUCUUCAGGAAUCAUCGAGCAAAAUUUCAGGCCACGGGGUGCAAUAAUCCGUUAUUUUUCAAAAACAAUAUUAUCUGCGUACUGGGAGAUAAAGGUAAUUUGGGAACAUUAAGCAUCAAGGAAAACUCAGCUGCACAGAGACCUAAAUGGAAAUUUUAUGGGAAACACUUUUCGCGUUCAAAACAAAGAUCAAUUCGAAAGGCAUACAUGGUAGAAGAUGUCAAUAAUGGAGGAAUGGUAGUUGUGUUUUUAAGUCGUGACGAAGGGGAUGUAGAGGUUUGGAGAUACAAAUUGAAUGAAGAAGUGUUGGAGAGGGAAAAAAUAACAAGUUUGGAAAAUAAUAAAACAUUAUUUGUGAGCUUUGGAGGAUCGUACUUGAGAACUUAUGUUGCCCAGGGGCUAGGAAACAAGAUAUAUUUGCCAAUGUUUCACGACAACAAGGGCGUUUUCUAUUGUUUGGUCAAUCGCAAAUAUUACUCUUUCGAUUACUCUGCCAUCAAAGCUUACUCAAGUUCCAAUAUUUUUAACUUAGUUCAGCCAAGGUCAUGCAUUUGGAUCGAAUAA